AUGGCAUUUCACCCCAGAGACGCCUUUAUUCUGCAUCAGGAGCAAAUACAAAGGCAGAAUGAAGGUGACGAAGUGGACACUUCUGCUGAACAAAAGGUUCACAUAGAUUUGCAACGAUUGACCGAUACGGAGUCUACAGCUACAAUUACCUUCUCACAUGAAGAUCACACAUUGGGAAAUCCGUUACGGCAUGUACUAAUGCAAAAUCCAGAAGUAACAAGUGCCGGUUACGCCAUUCCACAUCCUUUGGAAGCUAAGAUGCUUCUGCAUGUUCAAUCUACUGAUUACGCUGUAGAGGCUGUUGCUGAAGGACUUGAACGCCUUGCAGUUAUUUGCGAUCAAACCAUGAAAAGCUUUGACGAUUGUAUGCAUGGAACAUCGUUGGAAAAAAUAAAAGAAGAAUCGUAG